AUGUCUGGAUCUCUCUGGUCAAUCCCUCUCCAAACCACAAACUUCAACAUAGUCGUCGCUUUUCUCGGCGGCUUCAUAUCAAUCUUCGGCCUCGUAUCCUACCUCCUCAAAGAGAACUACUAUCUCUCCGAAGCCCUUAUCUCUCUCUUGGUAGGCGUUGCAUUUGGUCCUCAUGGCGCAGACUUCAUUCGUCCAAAGGACUACGCUGAGUGCGCUGAGUUUCCCGAUUCGUGCAAUGUUGACCUCAAUGCUAUAACGCUCAACUUUAGCCGUCUUGUUCUCGGUGUGCAGCUUGUCCUUGCAGGCGUGCAGUUGCCGAGCAAGUAUCUGGUGAGAGAAUGGAAGUCGCUUAGUUUAUUGCUGGGGCCUGGUAUGACCUGUAUGUGGCUUGCUACGAGUCUGCUUGUAUGGGCGCUUGCAGGGCAGCCGCCGUUUUUACAUGCCCUUGCUAUUGGGGCUUGUGUUACACCCACUGAUCCAGUCUUGAGUGCUGUUAUUGUAAAGGGGAAGUUUGCGGAUCAUAAUAUUCCCCAGGAUCUUCAGUAUCUCAUCACUGCUGAGUCUGGUGCCAAUGACGGACUCGGCUAUCCGUUCCUCUUCUUGGCGCUCUAUCUCAUCAAGUUCACAGGUGCUGGAGCUACGUCUGGUGGAGCUGCUGAUGCUAUGGGGCUGUGGUUCGGUAUGACCUGGGGUUAUACCAUCCUUCUCAGUGUAAUCUACGGCGCUGUGGUGGGAUGGAUUGGCAAAGAGCUGCUUCACUUCGCUGAGAAGCACAAUUACGUUGAUCGCGAAAGCUUCCUCGUCUUCGCCAUCGCUCUCGCACUCUUCGUCCUGGGAACAUGCGGAAUGGUCGGUACAGAUGAUGUUCUAGCAUGCUUCAUUGCCGGCAACACAUUCACAUGGGACGACUGGUUCCGCCUCGAGACAAAAGAUGACUCUCUCCAACCUACAAUUGACAUGCUGCUCAACGUUACCAUAUUUCUCUGGUACGGAGCCUACAUCCCAUGGAAGGACUUCCGCGACAACUCUGUUGUUCCUCUUUGGCAUCUUGUCAUCCUGGGAAUUUGUGUUCUUGUGCUGAGGCGCCUUCCGUGGGUGUUUGGUAUGCACAAGUGGAUUCAUCAGAUUGAUGAGGUCAAACAGGCUGUUUUUGUUGGCUUCUUUGGACCAAUUGGUGUUUCCGCGGUGUUCUAUCUAUUCAUCAGCCUGGAGUUCAUUGAGGACCAUCUUAGUGUUGAUGGCAAACCGAGGAGCGAUGUCAAGAAUCUUGGAGACCAGACACGCAUCAUUGUGUGGUUUCUCACAGUUUGCAGUAUCGUCGUUCAUGGCUUGAGUAUACCGGUCGGAAAACUUGGCUUCCAUGCACCUAGGACAUUGAGCCGUGUUGUCAGCGAAAGUCUGAGCGAUGCUCCAGUAGGCGGACGACGACGAAAUAUUCCCUUUAUUGGGAGGUAUCUCUUUGGACCAGAUAAGAAAGACGCUCGUCCGGCUACUGGUCCAAUUGUCAUUACUGGUGUUCAAAGAAUGCGCUCAGAGCUACCGGUUCAUGCUGGCGAUGAGACACCUCCGCUAAGACGAGAGAUACAGUUCGCUGAUGAGGUAAGAUAA